AUGCAAACGUCACGUGAUAAUAAUAAUCACCAACGUCCAUUCAAAAUGAAGUAUCUCGCCGCCUACUUGCUUCUCGCCCUCGCCGGCAACGAGGCCCCCUCCGCCGCCGAUAUCAAGGCUGUCCUCUCCUCCGUCGGCAUCGACGCUGAGGGUGACCGCGUCGAGAAGGUCAUCUCCGAGCUCAAGGGCAAGGACCUCCAGGUGCUGAUCUCCGAGGGCUCUGCCAAGCUCGCUUCCGUCCCCUCCGGUGGCGGUGCUGCUGCUGCCCCUGCCGCUGCCGCUGCCGGUGGUGCCGCUGCUCCUGCUGAGGAGAAGAAGGAGGAGAAGGAGGAGGAGGAGUCCGAUGAGGAUAUGGGAUUCGGACUCUUCGAUUAA